GAGCCCUACGACUCAAUGGAACAGAAACCAUUGAGGGUGCGGCCUGCACUGCUGAAAAGAAAAAGUCUUGACUCUGCCGACUCUGUAAGGCCAUCUAAUCACAGGAGAAACAAGUCUCAGCAAGUACGCUUUAAAGAAGACAGCACAAGUACUACGUCUCUAGGUUGUGCCCCUCUUAUAACAGAGCCAGGUAAAAACACACCACUAUUAAAUGGAACGGAAGAAAGGUGCCACAAUAAAUCAAUGUGUUUGCUGGCUAAUCCAGAAUCUCAAUGUGGACCUCAAACUAUUGCUAUACAGACUUCCCCAAGCCUAAGAAAAAAUUUCCCAAGUUUUAAGACAAAAAAGCUUAUAGCUAACAACCCCUUAAAACAAUUAGCUAAAGAGCCAAACUGUUUCCUGAGUAAUGGGGACCUUUCAGAAGAAGAGGUGGCAACUCAGCUAUCCCAUUUAAGAACAGUCAACGAAUUAGAAGAUGGUUUCAAACAAGUGAGUAGACGUGGCUCUGUUAAACAAACAUUACACAAAGCACAAAGCAAUGGACCUAUCAAGGAAUGCUCAGCAUUGGAAUGUGUUGAAAUGUUUGAGAAAGUCCCAGCCUUCACGCUAAUACCUGAUAAUAAGACUGAAAGCACUUCCAAAGAUUAUGGAAAUGAACAUUCAGAAAAUUCUCAUGAAGAUACAUCACAAACGUUGUCUGUCACACCAGCAAAACAAAGUAUACCAAAACACCAACAAGGCUUUUGUCCUUCAAAGCAAAGUAAAAAUGAAGAAUCAUCGCCAUCGUUGAAAACACAUGUUGACUUGAAGAGAACAACUUUAGCACCUUCUUUAAAUAGAAAUGUCUGUUAUCAUCUUUACUCGGAGCACCAGCAAUUAGAAAAUUCCACUAAAAGUUCAGAAAGCGAACCCCAGUUCUGUAAUCGAGUAUUCGUACCAUUUGGAAACAAUACUGGAAUACAAACUAAUGUAGACACCUCUGUAACAACAGAGACAAAUAUGAAUCAGCUGGAUUCCUCGCAAACUAGUAGUAGCAUACAAAGUACCCCAUGCUUUCCAAAGACUGAAGUACAAUGUGAUACUAACAAGGGAAGCAAAGAAGGAAACCCAAGCCAUAAGGCACAUGGUGAAUUAGGUUCCUUACAAGGUAAACUGCAGACAAUAGAAGAAUCCUUGCAAUCAAACAAAGAGAAGAUUAAGAUCCUUUUGAAUGUAAUUCAAGAUCUGGAAAAGGCCAGAGCUCUUAAUGAAGGACGCAACUUCUACCGAACUGGACAAGAUAUAAACAAUUGCAGCACUUGCCAGAGCACAGCUUGCAUUAUUUACAGUGUAGAAUAUGACUUCAGGCAACAGGAAGGCAGAUUCCUCCAAGUUCUGAAAAUGCUGGAGAAAGUGGAACAAAGCCCUGUCCUGCCUCCUGUACAUAAAUCUGAACCUGAUAAUGUCAUUCCAGAGAAACAAGACUUAAGGAAAAAGGCAAAGAAAGUGAAAAAGAAAUGUUUUUGGUGGAUUUAA